AUGGCAGGGGUGUGGUUACAGCGGUCGUUUAGUGGUAUAUAUGCGUAUGGUUUAGGAUCGAGAUUUAGUCCAGUCGACGAGGGAGGUUUUAAAGCGAGCCGCCGCUCCGGAGUGGUCGUGGCGUGCGAUUCACAUGACGUUAUAAUAUUAUAUUGUUCGCAGCAAGUGGAAAGUAUGGAGACGGUUCUGCAACGACCUUCGCUUGUACAGAAUGUACUGCAGCAAGCAUUGGCCAUCGGAAAACGGACGGUGGAUUUGUUUUUCAAACCGGGGCUGAUGAUACCGAAAAACCUUUUGGCGAGCACCAGAAAGAUUAGACUCAACACUAUGUUGAACGGCUCCAGGAUGAGAAACCUAGCCAGAAUGCGUCGGAUGAGGAAACGAAUGAAAGCCUUGCAGGGAAGAAGGCCCAAAACACUGCACUGA